AUGCGACGCGUCCUCCUGCUCGCACACGUCGCUGUCGCGCUCGCGGUGCGGCCUCCCGUGCUCGGCGCCGCGAUCUCGCUCCCGCCUACCAACGUCACGACGCUGCUGCCGCGAAUCGAUGACACGAUUCUCUUCCCGCCCAACGCAUCGACGCUCUCCCCGAACGCAUCGACCAUUGCUCCGACGCCAGCCAUCACCGUACCAUCGAAUGCCUCGACACCGCUCGCACCCAACACGACGACACCCCAGGCCAACGACAGUCCGUCCGAAAACACCACGACCGUCAACGCGGCACCCGACUGCCCUUCCGUCACGAUCACCGGCACCCACGACGACAACGCCGGUACCCACAACAACGCCGAUGCCUACAACAACGCCAGCGCCCACGACGACGCAGGUGCCAACGACGACGACGGCGCCAACGACGACGGUAGUCUCGCCGAGCACUCGACCGAGUACGACGACGCGUCCUUUCUCGCCACUGCCGUCGUCGUCGGAAGCACCACCAACCAUUCGUACCUCCACGCCUACGCCAUCGGCCUCGCGUUCUGA